AGCCCCGCCCUCCCUGGCUCCGCCCCCAGAGUGCCCCGCCCCCUCCCCAGGUGAGCCCCCCCGGCGGCGGCCCCGACGUGGCGUUCCGCUUCGGCGCCGUGCUGGACGGGGCGCGCACGCAGGAGGACGUGUUCCGGGCGUGCGGCGUGCGGCGUCUGGGCGAGCUGGCGCUGCGCGGCUUCUCCUGCACUGUCUUCACCUUCGGCCAGACCGGCUCCGGGAAGACCUACACCCUGACCGGGCCUCCUCCGCAGGGCGAGGGGGUGCCCGUACCCCCCAACCUAGCCGGCAUCAUGCAGAGGACCUUCGCUUGGCUGUUAGACCGGGUGCGGCACCUGGGAGCCCCUGUCACCCUCCGCGCCUCCUAUUUGGAGAUCUACAAUGAGCAGGUUCGAGACCUACUGAGCCUGGGAGCUCCCCGGCCUCUCCCUGUUCGCUGGAACAAGACCCAGGGCUUCUAUGUGGAGCAGCUGCGAGUGGUGGAGUUCGGGAGUCUGGGGGCCCUGAUGGAACUGAUGCAAAUGGGUCUCAGCCGUCGACGGAGCUCAGCUCACAGCCUGAACCAGGCCUCCAGCCGAAGCCAUGCCCUGCUCACGCUCUACAUCAGCCGCCAAACCGUGAUCCCCAUCGACCCUGAUCCUCCUACCCCACAGAUGCCUCCGGUGGACCCGGGGGAGCCCCCCGUUGGUGGGAAGCUGUGCUUUGUAGACCUGGCCGGCAGUGAGAAGGUGGCGGCCACGGGAUCCCGUGGGGAGCUGAUGCUUGAGGCAAACAGCAUCAAUCGCAGCCUGCUGGCCCUGGGUCACUGCAUCUCCCUGUUACUGGACCCACAGCGGAAGCAGAGCCACAUCCCCUUCCGGGACAGCAAGCUCACCAAGCUGCUGGCGGACUCGCUGGGGGGACACGGGGUCACCCUCAUGGUGGCCUGCGUGUCCCCUUCAGUCCAGUGCCUUCCCGAGACUCUCAGCACCCUGCGAUAUGCAAGCCGAGCUCAGCGGGUCACCACUCGGCCACAGGCCCCCAAGUCACCUAUGGCAAAGCAACCCCAGCAUUUGGAGAUGGAGAUACUGCAGCUCCAGGAGGAGAACCGCUGCCUGCGGUCCCAACUGGGCCAAGUACACCCCAAGGCCUCAGGGCUCAGUGGGGCCCGGGUGGCCUGGGCCCAGCGGAACCUCUAUGGGAUGCUGCAGGAGUUCAUGCUGGAGAAUGAGAGGCUCCGGAAAGAAAAGAGCCAGCUGCAGAGUAGCCGGGACCAGGCCCGGGAUGAGCAGCGGGUCCUGGCCCAGCAGGUGCACGAGCUGGAGCGGCGCCUCCUCUGUGCCUGCUCCCUUCACCUGCCAAACCCCGGCCCAGCCCCACCGUGUCCCUGUGUGAUGGCACCAGCUCGCCCCUGCCACGCCCUGCCGCCCCUCUGCUCCUGCCCCUGUUGUCACCUGUGCCCCUUGUGCCGAGCACCGUUGGCCCACUGGGCCUGCCCACACAGGGGGCUCCAGCUGCCGCAGGUGUUUGGCCCUAAGACCCCAGGUGGCCUGGCUCUGUCUGCCCAGCCCCCACCCUGGGCACCCCCAUGCAAUCCUGACUCUGCCGAGUUCCCGAGAGAGAGGAGUCAUAGCGACUGGACUAGGACCCGAGUCCUGGCGGAGAUGUUGAUGCAAGAAGAGGUGGUGCCCUCUGCACCGCCCCUGCCCAUGGGGCCUCCAGACACGUCACCAGUGCUGAGAGGCGGGGCUGCAGUUCCAAACCUGGCCCGGAGACUGGAGGCCCUCAGAGACCAGAUUGGCAGCUCCCUGCGACGCGGCCGGAGCCAGCCACCCCCCAGCGAGGGUACACGGAGCCCCAGCCGAGUCCUCCCUCCCUGCUGAGGGCAGAACACACCCCAGAGACCCCCGUGUGACCCUGGUCUGGGCUCUGCGCUCCUGGGUUUCAACCUCCCCAUCUGUGAAAUGGGAACAACGGCUGCCGCUUCCCUCUGCGACUGAGCUGGGCAGGGGAGAGUUCCUCAGGGCUGCGGGUGGGGGCUGUGGGGCAGUUUGGGGGAGCAAGGGGAGGGUGCCACCCCAGACUGUGAGAAAUGCGACUGGAUCUUGGAGAAACCAGGCUGCAGGUGGUGAAAUAGACGAAUAAAGAGAGGUGUCCGCUCCAAGACUGGUCGGUCAUGUCUCCCGGUGGCCAGGCACUUCCGCGUGGGGGAGUCACAGAGAGGAGGGGUUCUCAAGGGAAUCUGAGGAGGAGGCAAGGACUCGUGGCAGAGGGGUGUGCCCCCUCUGAUCAGGAAUAUUCCAGGUUCCCAUCCCCUUCAUAUACAAGUUUUAAUUGAGCCG